GCUGAUCAAAUUCAACUGUAGCUGUACUUAUUACAUUUAAUUAGCCAUAGUAGAGCCACGGUGAAGUUUCUAUUCAUGCUUGCUGUUGCCACUUCGAUGCUUAAAGUCCACCCAGGUUUGGUUUGUAAGCCCACUCUGGAAACACUGAUUAUAGCAUGCUCGUUCAAUUGCAUUUAAAUCAAAGCUUUGACAGCUUCCCAGCUGAGUGACUGGAUGUGCUCCCAUCACUGUGAUUUUAUUGUAUAGGUUGUAUACAAGGUUUAAAGGCAAAUCAAACUUGCAUCAGCACAGCCAAAGUCCUCUCCACCUGUCUUGAUUGUCUAUUACUGUGGCAAACAGAUGAAGAGUUUCUGAAAUCUAAACAUUUUUUUUCUCAACAGGUUCUUUUGCAGUUAUCCGACAUUUGCACCAGUCAACCAAGCUCCUUGACAAUUUUUAAAACAAAGGCACUUUUAAGAGCCACAUCUGUCAUCUGUCUUUCCUUUGUGCCUCUUUUGUGUCUCCUGUCGUUCUCUCAGUGUCUUGGCCUAUUUUCUUUUGUCUUUUGUGGAUUGUUCUGUUUGUUUGUUUUGUCUGUCCAUCGCCAUGAGUGACUCAAAUAUUAAUGAUCCUUUAAUGAUCCUGGAUAAGGAGAUGAAUGAACAGGAAAUAAAUGACCAACUUCAACACCUCAAUGACCUGAUUGCUGAUUUCAAGCAAGGUAAAGAUACCGGUGUACCUGUGAAGAUACCUGAACCCACAAUCAGGUGGAGAAAAAGGGACAAAGAUGGAAAUGAACUCUAUGCAAGACCACGAUCAACCAGAAAUCAAUCAACUAAGACUGGCCACAGUCAGAAGACUAGCUGUCCCUCUAAUAACAUUCAGUGUGAGGUGGCCUAUGCUCCAGAGACUGUUGAGUCUUUUCUGCAAGAACUCCAGAACUCACUGAAUGAUUCUGCAGGCCAGGUUAAUGAACCAUCACUACCUAUAGCUCCUCUGGCUUCCUUAAACUGGAGCACAAGGAAAAGUCUCUUUUCAGAGAGUUGGAGGGCAGAAAGACCCCGUUUGGUGAACACUAUGGCAGCUCAACAAAGUGUGUCAGUACACAUAUGCCAGUAGUGUGGGAGCAAUCCAGCUGCACUUCGCUGUCGCGAUUGUCUGCCUCGGCCCUUCUUUUGCGACAAAUGUGAUGUGAUGAUGCACACCAGAAAUGUCCUUCACAACAGAGAGACCAUGACCGCUGGAUUCUUCCAGCCAUUGCCUCCAACAACAUAUGUUUUAAAUAAAACUCUUUGCCAUGAUGCACGACUUGUACCUGUGGAGACCCCACUUAGAAUCUGUGAUUGUCCAUCAAAGUGUUUGAGGAUCAAACCAGGGAAGGCUGUUGCCAUGGUCACAAUCAAUGGUCGUUAUGAUCUAAGAAUGCCGGAGCUGGUGUGUGAGGCGUGCGACACUACUUGGACUUCUGGAGUCCAUGACCUAAAUUUAAGUGAUUACUGGCCCGCCACCCUUCACUUUUCCACUCUUUAUGGAACUGAUGUCUUCUUCACAUUUGAAGAAAUGAAAAUGGCGGCACCAGGUCUCUCCUGCCAAGCAUUUCUAAAAAUGCUGGAUCAACAAACUGUCCGCUUUGGCCGUACUGGGAAGAUCUCGGCAGACAGCUUCCAGAAAAGUUUUUUUGAAUGGGAAGCCGUAAGAUAUGACAUAGAUAAAAUGUUAAGGAAGGAUCCCUUCACGUGUCAAGCGUGUACCCCAGAUAUGCUUGCAGUUUCAGUGGAUGGAAACCGCAAACAUUACCGUUUUAAGAAUGCAGCAAGAUCCGAAGAACAGGCUAUUUUUGAGGACAUCUUUGUAGCCAGGGAUGAAGACGUGGGAAGAUUUGUGGACUAUGUACACAAAACAACCAGACAUGUUUCUGGAAGAGGUGUUUGUGGUGGUGAGUGGUCAGCAGCUAGAGAGACUUCCCACAGAUCCAGCAGUAAGCUGGAUGAGGAGGGAUUGGAGCUUGUGGUGUGUAGAGAUGGAGUGCUCCUUAGUGCUCUAAAUAUGUACAGGGGUGAAAUAUUUGCCUAUCCUUUGUACCUGCAAAAAAAGCUGGCCAAUAGACAUAUCACUUUUUUUUGUAUGGAUGUGACCUGCAAGUAUUGGCCAUAUCUUGAAAGAGUGACAAAAAGUUGCCCAGAGCUCCAACACCUUCUGCAAAUGAAGCCAUUUCUCUCGGUUUUCCAUGCCAAAGCCCAUGACUUCAAAUGUGAGGUCAAGUGGAGUGGAGCAUAUCAGGAUGGAGCUGGUUUGACCUUAGGGGAGGAAGUGGAGCAGUGUAAUGCAUUUCUCUCAAGGAUUGCAGUUACCACAAAACAUAUGUCCAAACCUGGAUGGGCAGACAUGCUGACUCUUAUGGCCAUGCGUUGGAAUCAGCUAAAAUUGGACAACUUGGCCACCUCACUGACCCGUCGUUAUCAGAAGGCCACAAAAGCUCUUGAAACUCAACUUCAGAACCUGGAGUCCCUAAGAAUAGAGUUUUCAGUGUGUGACAGUCAACUGGGUGACUGGGUCAGUGAUGUAAAGGAGUGGGCAGAAGGUGAGCAGAUUACGGUAGGAAAUAUAGAGGAAUUUGCACAAGUAGUUAAAGCUGCAGGAUGUAACUUUUAUUAAAGAUCUGCUUUUUACAUAAGUAUUAAAAUGAUCGUUAUAUCAUGACAGUAUAAGACAGAUAAUCUGUGAAAAACAUUUAGCUCCUCUUCCUUCUCCCAGUGCUCCCAGUAUGAACUGCAGAAAUAUACUACUCAGUCAGAAACAACCAAUCAGAGCCAGGAGGAGGGUCUUAGUGCAGCUAGCAAGCAUGGCCACCGAUGACGGGGGAUAAAGUUUUCCUGGAACAGUAAGUUGUUUCUCCACCAUUAGCACAUCUAGCAGCGCGUACACGAGGGGGAUUGACAGCACUAAGACCUUCCUCCUGGCUCUGAUUGGUUUAUUUUAGGUCGGCGGACUGGUGCAUUUCUUUAGACAGCGAUAGUAGCUCAAGGAGGAGGUGGAAGAGAUCAAUCUUUUCACAGAUUAUCCAUCUCAUAACAAAAUGUCACGGCAUGGUGACAGUUUUAACAAAUAUGGAAAAAACACUUUUGUAAAAGUUACAUUCUGCAGCUUUAACUGCAUUAUUCUUUAUCCUUAGCAGCAACAACUAGCACAACGGAUGCAGAUUCCUUAGUGGGCCGAAUUUAAGUUCUGGUUGCAAGCAUCAAAAGACGAUCCCAGCGUCUUUAUAAAGACACUGAUGGAAACAAAGCUCGUGCCAAGAUUCGCCGCAGGAUCAGAGAGGAAAAAGGAAUUUUGACACUGGCUGUGGAAAAGUACAACAGAUUGGUUCCAGACACAGAAAUUCUGUGCUUGGAAGAAAUUCUGUCUGGUGACCCAGUUUGGCCAUGGCAGCAACCACACAGUGACUCUGUCUGUCUUACAAUAAAGAGAAGGGCAUUUGAAGGCAUCAUGGCAGUAAGGAGACUUAAAGAAGAAAAGAGGAUUCUUGUAAGAGAGAUGGAUCAUCACUGGAAAUCUCUUUUAGCCUAUGAGGAUACUCUCAAAAAGCUCUCCUACCUGUCUUCGAGCGGCUCAUUUAAAAGUUCGUCGUGUCCCCUAAAUGAUGAGGGUUUAAAAGGUCAGCAGAGCAUCAUUCUCAGAGAGCGCGAACAAGUCAAACAGGUCAAGCUGCAGGCAAGAGAGCGUUAUCUUCAUGCUUUAUCAGGAGCAGAAAAUGUUAACUUUGACCCUGCUUCAGAUGAUGAGUUCUACAGCGACUCAGAAUGCUCAGAUGAUGGUCUGUAAUCAACAUCUGUGAAAUACCUGUUUUCUUUUUUGAAACUUUUACUCAUAUUACACAUAGUACUCUGAAAAAAGACCUACAGUGUUGACCUGCAAUUUUUAGAUUACUUUUAAUGACGUUGGAUUUUCAUCAAACCAUUAAUACUUUGAGUGCGGUAGUAACACUGUUAUUAAGCUAAAAAAAUUGUUACAACACUACAGUAAACAGUUCCAUUGAUUAUGUAUUUGCUAGCAUAACCAACACAUGCUUUUGAUGUUUCAUUUUUAUUUUAUUUUCAUAGUAAUGUGUAUUAUUAAUGUGUAACUAUGUUUUUUUUUGUCAUUUUAGUGUACUGGUGUAAUGUGUCUUCCAUUUUGUCACUUGAAAUUUGAUCAAUUUGUCAGUCACUCUCUUUUAUAAAGAAAUCAGAACA